CGGGGACGUGGCGGAGCAGCAGACGAGUCAACAGCCGCCGCGCCGCGCGACACGCUCUACCGCGGCAAGCACUGUUGUCGCGGGAGCGCCUCAUGUUGCAGCGGCAACUGGAGCGGGGUCUUCUCAGACCACCGCUUCUGCUCCUGCUGCUUCUCACGCCGCGGGGUCAUCUCAGACCGCCGCCACUGUUCCCGCCAAGCGGCCAAGGGGACCUGACUUCAACUUCUCCGCGUUCAGCUCCGACGAGGAAGAAGAAGAAGAGACACUGGCCCAGAGAGCGGCGAAGAGAGCCAAGAUCCCGGUGAUCAACAUUGAUGACCAGCCCACUCCGCCAGAAGAGGGUAUGCCUGAGAUCACCUUGCCGGACCCGGCAAUCACUCUCCAGAGCAGCCCCCCAGCGAGCAGAGCAGCCCCACCAGGAGCGUCCGGAGACAGCCCCCGGCAUGCCAUCUGCUUCAACUACGCCGCCAAGGGAAAGUCCCCCGGCAAGGGAGAGGUCUCCGGCAAGGGAGAGCUCUUCGGCAAGGGGGAGUUCUCCGCCAAGGGACAGCACCAGCGUCCCCCCGGCGACGGAGACUACGACCACCGAGCCCAGCACGGAUCCAUCUGCUCCGGAGCCAAUGGAGACGGAGGUUGCCGCCAAUGACGCCGCUGACCCCGAAGGAGCAAACGGCGCGGACGAUCCCGCCGGCGACGAGGCCGCCAAGGCUGCCGCCGCAGCAGCAGGCGGGGGAUCUGGCGAUCGUACUGACGACCCUGAGGCCGCAGGAGCGCCAGGCGCUGCACCGACCACCGAUCCGUCCGCUACUGCCGCAGCGCCAGGCUCCGAAGAGCCCCAGCCAGGCGUCUACCUGAAGGCCGGUGAUGGCAUCUUCAUCAACCUCCCCUGGGCGUCAAGCUCCAGGGCGCCGGUCGAGGGGGAAGGCUUUGACGGAGAAGUGCUCGCCUCCGCUGGGCUGACAGUGGUUGACGCGCCGAGCAGCAGCAGCGGCGAGCCGGAGGAGGAGCGGCUGCUGCGGAAGCUGCUGUCACUCUACCGCGCGCGGCAAGCCAAGCUGGAGUCCCGCGAGGCGCUUGUCGCGAAGGCGGGAGUAGACCUCGAGAAGCAUGCGGAGGAGCUCGGGGGUUUUCACCAGGAAGCUCUCUGGUCUCUGGCAAAGGAGCGGGAGCAACUUGCCGAAGCGCAGCAGGCCUUCUUCCUCGAGAAGGCUGAAGUCGAAGAGCAACAGCGGCUUGCCGCUGAGAAGUUGGCUGUGCAGGAGGGUGAGUUGUCGCAGCGGCAGGUCAACCUCGACAGCCAUGAGGAGGAGCUUGCCGCGUGCGAGCAAACAGUUGGCGGGGCCCUCAAGGAAGCAAAGGACGCUGCCGCAGCCGCCGAGGCCGCCAAGAAGGUGCUGGAGAUGAAGGUGGCGCAGCUGGAGGCCGGUUGCAAGGCAUAUGGUGAAGAGCUUAGCGCCGCCAAGGACUCCAACGCAGAUCUUGAGUCGAAGCUGACUGCUUUGACCAAGACGCUGGACGGCGCCAAGGAGCGGGAGGCGGCCUUGAAGAAGGAGAUCGAGGCCGACAAGGCGCUGCUGGAGAGUGCUGCCACCACCCAGAAUGCCUUUAGGGAAACGGUGGAGCACUGGACGGAGAGUCUUGUGAAUGUUGCCGCAGACAUCGACAAGGAGCUGACGCAGCUGGGAAUGGAGGAUCUCGGGUAUCCCUCCGACGAGGACCUCCAGCCCAGCACCAAGAUCACUCUGUUCUUCAAAGGCGUGGCGACGGCGCUCCAGCGGCUCCGGGAGAGGAUCCCAAAGCAGCUGGCCGAUGAGUCGCGCAAGAUUUGCGCGGGAGCUCUUCAGAAGGUGCUGAUGAAGGUGGCCUUCCGCAACCCGGGCCUCCGCCUCACCAACGUCCUCAGGAGCUUGCCGCCGGAUGUUGAUCUGGAGGAGCUCAAGGCCCUUGUCGCACCCAUUGUGGACAGGGUGAGCGGGAUCAAGAGGGUUGAGGGCGACCGCGUAGACUAGGCCGCCAGUUUCCUCCUUUUUCUUGUCGCUGCUGGUUAUGUCAUGAAAACCAUCUGUUAAAGCCGCGACAAGCUAUUUUGUAGUAUAACUUUAUUCUGGGUAGUGAUUGCUAUGUUAUUCCCUUUACUUGA